UGAUUUCUUGGUCAUUUUCACCUGCAGUGUCUUGUACUUCUGCUCUGAAGGAUGCUGUCUUUUCAUUCAUUCAUUAAACGGUUGGAUCGUCUCAGUAAGGAGAGAAAAAAAGGACUUACAUCGAUUGGCUUGGUGAGGAAAGGAUGUGCAACAGGUUUGGAUUGAGGAUAGAGGUGGAAAUGUGCCUGCGAGUGAAGGUGGUGUGUUGAAGAGGUUGGAUGGGGUACUUUGAGGGGAAUGAAGAAAAAUGAGAGAGAGGUGGGGGAGGAGUGAUGGAUGACGGUUGGUGAUCCAGGAAAUGCAAAGUGUUAAUAAAGAGGAAGUGAGAGCAGCUGUGAAGGGGAUGGAGAGUGGAAGUGCAUGUGGCCCAGAUGGCAAACCUGUGCAGGUGUGAUAUCUGGCAGAGAGAGAGAGAGAGAAAGAGAGAGAGCAGUGGAGUUUUUGAAUUGACUGUUGAACACAAUCAUGGAACAAAUGUGUUGGUGCUGAUUUUCCAAGAGCAAGGGUGAUGUGCAGAGCCCAAGGAGAAGAUGAUAUGCAGGAUCCUGCUGCUCAUCAUCCUCACCUCAUGUGUCUCUGGAUCAUUUGUAGUCAAUGUGACACAGACCUCCUAUCAGGCAGAGGAGAACCACAACAUCACACUGGAGUGGACGUUCACCACCAAACCUGACAACUCCACAAACUCUGUUUCCAUCAUCUGUCAACAGAUGACUAAUUAUGAAACCUCAGGCUUCUAUCAUGUGUCCAGUGGUGUUGAGGUGUCAGAGUCUCAGGAUGCAAAGUUUUCAGGACGAGUCCAGAGUGACAAAGACGCCCUCAGAGAAGGACGAAUCAGACUUCAACUGUCCAGACUCAGGACUGAUGACUCGGGUCUGUACCUGUGUGAGGUGAAAACCGAGUAUGAUUAUGGCUUUGACUACUGUCGACUCAGCAUACGUGCAGCUGCUGUUCGUUCCAAACCUCAGGGAUCAACUUUGAGUCCAUCAGCACACACCUGGAUGCAAAGGACGGUCCUCUACACUGCACUGGGAUUCGAACUGGCAGCUUUACUUGGCUUUGCAGUUUUACUGGUUAAUCGCUUCUGUGCCUUAAGAUGUCGUACUCGGCUGAGAAGAUACCAAAAUUUCAUUUAAAUGUUUAACAGGAGCUUUGUGGUGUCGUUUUGCACCAAGAGAAACUAAAAGCAGGACUUGGAGGCAGAAAACCUGAGGUUCAAGAAUCCAAGACUGUGUAAUGUAUGUUUGAAGUAUCAGAAAGCCUCAUUGUGAUAUGAAGUGCAUAUUAUGUGCUCAUGUAUCACUGCAGAAAGGAUGAUGGGGUAGGUUAUGCUCCCAUGUGUGUCCUGUUUAUUAUUUCUAAGCUGGACGCUCAUCCUGCCACCAAAUGGGAACUUUAAAAAAAAAACAAAAACAAACUUUUGCUCUCUUCAGUUUGUACGGCCUUUAAUCCACCAGAGGAUUUAGCCUAUAAAUGUGCCGUUUUCCUAUCAGCUGUAUUCAGUGGUUAAACUUUAACAAGUGCCUGGACUCAACAAGACCAAAGAAGGAAAUGUGCUGUUAUUUAAUCCUGAUAGUAGGGACUGGACUUUGUUACGGCAGAUAACACGCUUCAUUUGCUUCCCGUUUCCUCAACGUGUAUGUGUUCCUUUAAGGAGCACACUGUCACGACCCUUGUUUUUACAAACAGCAAUAAACUUUAUUAAUAACAGAGUUUACAAGAUUUGCAAUAACAAACAUGCAGUGAGAAAAUAGUCCUUUCUUUAUGCAUAUACAAGAGUUAGGCUUUGUUAUUAGACUUUGAUACAUGCAUAUUCCAUAAAGAAGGGUCUCAGGUGAGCAGAUGGUUCAGUGUUUCAUUGCUUAUGGUUUUAAAAAUACUUUAGAAGCAGAAAUAAAAAAGUGUAAAAUUCUGCUGCAGGUUUCUGUUCCUAAAAUGUAACUUAUGGUUUCAACAAACUCAAACUAAAGCUGUGGCAGCAGGCGGCUGCUGCUGCUGCUUUUAUUUCAUUUCUCUCUCAAAUCAACACACACAGGCUGAUGAACUCGAUUUCUUUGAGCUGGAGUUCGUGAACUGGAGGAAUUUCAUGUCUCAUGCCCGAU